AUGCGUCACGGUGAUCCAUCUCAGACAAUCAUCUCCCUUUUGGACGAUAUCCAUGCUUUGCUGCCAAACAUCGAUAUGCAACCUAAUUUAACGCGCAGUUGGAAAGCGCACUGGCAACAGCCUCGGGACGAGAAGUCCAACAUCUUGCCAACUACUUCGAACCACGGUCUAUUCAAGAAGGACCGUACCGUUACAGUAUCGAUGUCGAACUACGACAAAGUUACCGACUUUUAG